AACACUUCUACUGGCCCCUGGGCCAUUAAAGCCUCUGUGCUGUGGGAGAAAAAAAAAAACACUUCUACUGAGAUGCAGUCCAAUGGGAGGUUAUACAAAGUGGAUGAAUGAGGCAGAACAAAUCAGUGAUACAGAAGAUAAAAUGAUGGAACAUAAGAGAGCUAAAAAGAAGAAAGAGAAGUAAUGAAAGAAAGAAAGAAAAUGAUCAUGAAGGGAAACUCAAAAACUCUGAAAAUCCAUAAAAUAAAAUGUUAUCCAUAUUAGAAGGGUCCCAGGAGAUGAGGACCAGGAGAAAGGGGCAGAAGGUUCAUGGAAGGACCUGGAUUGAGGUAAAAUGGCGGGCUCGUGGUGAGCGGCUGUCAGGAAUGAAAAUAGAUAUAUGCCUUGAAGAAGAUUGUAAAAUAGAUUUCUCUUCAAGUCAUCUUCUUUCAUACCACCCGAUAAGGAUCUUGAUUCACCAUGGCGUUAGCAGCAGUAAAAUGGGUGAUAUCAAAUAGAACUCUCUGGAAACAUUUAUUUCCAAUUCAAAACGGAGCUUUAUAUUGUGUUUGUCAUAAAUCUACAUAUUCUACUCUACCAGAUGACUAUAAUUGCAAAGUAGAGCUUGCUUUGACAUCUGAUGGCAGGACAAUAGUGUUCUACCACCCUUCUGUGGACAAUCCAUAUGAACAUACACAACCUAUCCCUCGGCCAGAUCCUCUGAAUAAUAAUGAAGAAAUACAUGACCAAGUGCUGAAAACCAGAUUAGAAGGAGAAAAUGAGGACUUGGAACAAGGACCCAUGAUAGAACAACUUAGCAAAAUGUUCUUUACUACUAAGCACCGUUGGUAUCCUCAUGGACAGUAUCAUAGACGUCAUAGGAAACUGGAUCCUCCAAAAGACAGAUGA